UUCUUUUAAUUUGUUUAAACCCUCCUUCUCCCUCUAAUGCUCGAUUUUCUUCGCAAUCCACGACGCCACCCACCUCCGUCGACCAGCUCGCGCCGCCAGCUGUCGUUCUCUCCGUGAAGCCCUCGCGUCGCCGUCGUGUUCUUCUUCGGUCAGUAGUUGGGACGCCGGAAUUCCAAACAGGGUUAAUCUCUCACCACUCCAAGGCGGCUUUCAUUCUGCCUUGGCUAUGGGGAGGAAACGUAAUAACGAGAAACACAAGGUAAUUCUACCGCCGGAGCUUCCACCAGAGGUCACCGAGGAAGAAAUUGAGGUCUCCGAUGAGGACUUGGAGUUUGUUAAGGAGAAUCAAGACUAUGCCGUCUCUGUUUCCCGUCUAGACACUAAAUCCAUAACCAAGCAUGUUACGCGUGUUGCUAAUGUUGAAGAAGAUGCUUUGGAGGUUUUAUACGAGAAGCGUCUGCGGAAGAAGCCAGUGGAGAAACAGGAGGAGGAAAAUAAGCUCCAAGUUGAUCGCGUGGAUGCUCUUCCUGUCAAAACACUUGAUGGGAAACUCUACUACCGAACAUCAAAACUAUCCGAUGCACCUGAAAAUGGUGGGAAUGAAGAGGCAACAGAAGAGGACCAGGUAGAUAAUGGUGUAUUGAAGUUAACUAAAGCAGAAAGGAGGGCAAAGCAAAAGAAAAUUAAGAAGAUUGCCAAGAAACAAGAGGAUGUAACUCAAGCUGAAGAAGUUCAACCAACUUCACAAGCUGCAGUUUUGGCCGAAGUGGUAGAAGAUCUUACUGCUGAAAAGACAUUUGAAAGUAAGAAGCAGAAACUUGCGGAGCUUGGCAUUGCGUUGCUGGCAGACCCAAAUUCCAAUAUUAAAUCUCUGAAGGAGAUGCUGCAGAUUGCUAAGGAUAAUGAUCAAGCAAUCGUGAAACUUGGACUUCUAUCAUUGUUGGCUGUUUUUAAAGACAUUAUACCCGGUUAUCGGAUUCGGCUUCCAACAGAAAAGGAGCUAGAAAUUAAAGUGUCCAAGGAUGUCAAGAAAAUGCGGUACUAUGAGUCUUCUCUUCUUACUGUUUAUAAGGGAUACCUGCAGAAGCUGAUGUCAUUAGAAAAAUUGCCGUCAUUUCAGCAUGUUGUUAUUCGCUGUAUAUGUACAUUGCUUGAUGCAGUUCCCCACUUCAACUUUCGAGAGACAUUGUUAGGUGUCGUUGUUAAAAACAUAAGCUCCCCUGAUGAUGUUGUAAGAAAACUUUGUUGUGGUGCUAUUAAAUCUUUAUUUAUCAAUGGGGGAAAGCAUGGCGGUGAAGCGACCAUGGAGGCUGUCCGGUUGAUUGCUGAUCAUGUGAAAUCUCACGACUGCCAAUUGCAUCCUGAUUCCAUCGAGCCUUUUGUACAUCUAACAUUUGACGAGGACCUGAGAAAAGCAGAAAAGCAAGACGAGCAUAGUAAAGUAAAGAACAAAAAACACAGGAAAGUAAAGAAUCGUGAGGAAUCAAGUCAUUUGCAAGGGAAUGAUGGCAAUGAUGGAAGACAGAGUAUGAGGACGAAGUUUACCGAAGAGGUUGCUGCUGAUUACAGGGCUGCUUCUCUUGCUCCAGAUGUAAUGAAGCAAAGAGAGAUGCAGUCUGAUACACUUUCUGCCAUGUUUGAAACAUAUUUCCGAAUUUUAAGGCAUACAAUGCAGUCAUUAACUGCUAGGCCUGAAGCAAGUAGUACUCCAUCUACUACUAGCCCAUCUGGAUCCCAUCCUCUGCUUGCUCCAUGUUUGAAUGGGUUGGGAAAAUUCUCGCAUCUCAUUGAUAUAGAUUUCAUGGGAGAUCUUAUGAAUUAUUUGAAAAGGCUUGCUUCUGGUGGUGACAAUUCUUCUGAGAAACAGUCACAAUGUUUGACUGUGUCUGAGCGUCUUCAGUGUUGCAUCGUGGCAUUUAAAGUAAUGAGGAAAAACCUUGAUGCUUUGAAUGUUGAUCUUCAGGACUUCUUUGUCCAGCUAUACAAUAUUGUACUCGAGUACAGGCCUGGGAGAGAUCAAGGUGGAUUGUUAGCUGAAGCAUUGAAGAUAAUGUUGUGCGAUGAUAGACAGCAUGACAUGCAAAAGGCAGCUGCAUUUAUUAAGCGUUUGGCUACUUUCGCAUUAUGCUUUGGAUCUGCAGAGUCGCUGGCAGCCUUGGUCACCGUAAGGCAUCUUCUUCAGAAAAAUGUCAAGUGCCGCAACCUUUUGGAAAACGAUGCUGGUGGAGGUUCAGUAUCUGGCUCUAUUGCGAAAUAUCAGCCAUAUGCCUCUGAUCCAAAUUUGAGUGGCGCUCUUGCUUCUGUCCUUUGGGAACUUGAUCUUCUGUGGAAGCAUUAUCAUCCAGCUGUCUCAACGAUGGCUUCUAGCAUAUCAACCAUGACUAGUGCUCAAAAUCAAGUAUAUAUAUCCACUGUUUCUCCCCAACAAGCAUUCAAAGACUUGUCGUUGGAACAGGAGUCUUUCAAACCACAAUUUAACGCCCGAAAAGUUAACAAGAGGAAAAGAGCUACUGAAUCUUCCCAGUCCACUCUCGAUACGUGCAGUGCCAUCGAUGAAAAUGAAGUGAAGGAGAAACUCUCAACAAGAUUCUUUCUUCUCCGGGACAUCAAAGACAAUGAAAGGUUGAGGGCUGAAUUAGACCGCACUACUUUGUCUUUGCAGCUAUAUGAAGAAUACAAAAGGCAAAAGAGAAAAACUAAAAGGUCUAGGAAUGUUUAGUUUAAUUUUAUGGAAGUUAUUUUUACCGUCCAAAAAUUUUUGAUAGUUUUUGUAGUCUCAUUUUCUGACAAUUAAGUCGAGAGAAAACAUAGGGCGGUUGGUUCUGAAAGCAGAAAGUUCCAUAAAUCUCACACACGCAAGAAACAAUCAUUGGAGCUUCAGUUUGAGCUGCUGAAGAAUGAAGAACUUGACUUACCUAUGAUUAUUUGGAAUUGUAUUUCAUAAAUUAUUAUCAUUACUUUUUCUUUUCUAGUACAACAAAGUCGAGAUAUGAAGAUUUGAACGUUUAGAUA